UCUGUGCUCUAAAUAUUGAUUCGCCAUCAAAUAUAUUGUUUACAAACGAUGAAGCAAUACAGAAACAAAAAAUAUAAAGUGCGGUGUUGUGUUGCUUUCUGCAGUAAUGCUUCCGCAUCGGAGGCGUCUGGCAAACACGAGGAGAUAAGUUAUCAUCCUUUCCCCAGAGAGGUGCAACUCCGUACGGCUUGGCUCAGAGCCCUCGGCAAAGAACACGCUUACUACCUGCCCGAAACUUCUGUGGUCUGCUCACAGCAUUUCCUCAGUGAAGACAUUUAUGAAACGGAAACUGGUGUAAAGCAAAUUGCCAAUGGCGCUAUUCCUUCAACAGUGCAGAUUUGCACGAUGUGCCUUGACAUUGACAGCAAGCUCCUUCUAAUGAGUAAACACAAAUUGGAACAAGCAUAUGAAAAGUUAACUGGAUAUCCUUUGUGCGAUCAAGGAAACCUGAAGCAUACAGUCUGCGUGCAGUGUAGUCAGAUAUUAAAAAAAAUUGAUGGGUUUAGAGAAAAGAGUUUGAGAGCACGUUCAUUGCUGAUGGACCUCGUUAAAAAAUAUGAAUUUAUAACCGUUAAACAUUUAGAAAUGACAAAUUGUACUAAGAGCCAACUAACGGGUAAUGUUGUGGCAAAAGUCCUGGAACCUGGCCGCUGUGACAUAGUAGAACUACCUGAUGAAGAUAAAGAGAUGGAAUGCGAUGAAACUGUGGACCUGACUGAAACCUUAGAAGUAACAAACGGUUACUGUGAUGACACUUUGUUAGUUGACAGUGAAUUGGAAUUGUUAAAUCAAUCAGACAUAUGGCCUACAACUGAAGAAAACUUAUCAGACAGUUCAGAGAAACAAUCAGAUGGUCUAUUGAAAGAUUCGAACAAGAAUCCUUAUGAUUCCUGCUUUGCAAAAGAGGAUGGGAAGAUAGAGCUGUUCAAGUACGAAAAUGAUAAUUUUGCAUGUUUACAGUGUUUUGAAGAGUUCACCGAUGAACUCGAUUACACUUAUCAUAUGAGAAUGCAUACCCAGAGUGAGGGAAAUAUUACAACACAAGUGUGCGAAAGUCAGACCGCUGUGAGCUCUAGCUGGGACAACACACCCUCAUCCGGGGCGUGGAACAAGCCGCGCGUCCAGGAGCUGGACGAUGUCUCUCCCCCUCCCGCAGACUCGGCUCCCCCUUCGGAUAAUUCUUUCUCCGUGCGGCUUGCGACUACUGACGUAAACAAAGUGUACCCAUCUGAUGGAGCCGUCGCAAUACAGAAGAAUAAUUUUGUCCUUACAAGUAAAACUGGCGAAUUAGUUGACCAAUUCUCUGACAACAAUCGUAGAAUAAGCACAAACAUAGAGAGACUCCCAAAUUGUGUAGUCAAAUUAUAUGAUAUUUUCGCGAAUUCGAAAUAUGCAGCGUUAAGAUCGCCGCAGAAGACGCAAAAAGCUAUAAGAAAUUUAAAUUGUCAGACCACAAACCAGUAUAAAUUCCAUGAGACAGAAAACAUUAUUUCAAUCACUAAUGUACUCGAAGUAGCAGAGAGUGAAUUUUCAGAAAAUUUUGGUGAUAUUCAAUCAAUUGCGCCAUUGUAUAAUUUACGCACAAGUACUGAGAAAAUAUGCUUUAUAUGUGAUGUUUGUCGAAUCACGUUCAAACGGAAAGGUCUCUUAGUCAAACACGUGAAAACUCAUACUAAAGUAAAUCUUUUUUCUUGUAAGUUUUGCAAAUUAGAAUUUAAUUGUGAAAAUAAUUAUGCAAUACACAUGCAAAUACACAGGCAUAUCAAAAGAUUUUCUUGCAAUCUAUGCGAUUAUAAUUGUGCCCAAAGCGGUACCCUGGUGAGGCACAUGAGAAUCCACACUGGUGAAAAGCCCUUCUCUUGUAAUUUGUGCGAUUAUAAAUCGGCAUAUGGUAGUAAUCUAACAAAUCACAUGAAAAAGCACACUGGUGAAAAAUAUUUUUCUUGCAAGUGGUGCCAUUAUAAAUCUGCAAGUGGUCAUGGUCUGGAAGGUCACAUGAGAACCCAUACUGGUGAAAAGCCUUUUUCUUGUAAGUUGUGUAAAUAUGCAAGUGCUUAUAGCAGUGCCCUGAAGAAACACAUGAGAACUCACACUGGUGAAAAGCCUUUUUCUUGUUUGUUGUGCGAUUAUAAAUCGGCAAAUAGUCAUAAUCUGGAAACUCAUAUGAGAACCCACACUGGUGAAAAGCCCUUUUCCUGCAAGUUUUGCGAUUUUAAAUGUGCACGAAAUGGUAAUCUUUCAAGUCACAUGAAAACUCAUACUCGUGAAAAGCCCUUUUCUUGUUUGUUGUGCGAUUAUAAAUCUGCAUAUAAUUGUGAUCUGGCAAGUCACAUGAGAACCCACACUGGUGAAAAGCCUUUUUCUUGUUUGUCGUGCGAUUAUAAAUCGGCAUAUAGUAGUAAUCUAGCAAAUCAUAUGAAAACACACACUGGUGUGAAGCCUUUUUCUUGCAAUUUGUGCGUUUAUGCAAGUGUAAAGAGAAGUGGCCUGGUGAGACACAUGAGAACUCACACUGUUAAAUAGUCUUUUUAUAAAAGUAAUGCGACUAUUAAACUGCAAGGUACAUUAGUAGAGUAUGGGUCAUUAUAAGUUAAAAGGUUAUAUGUUGUAUAAAGUGCCGGCAUGGCGUUUUUUUAUAUUUAUACUUAAGUAUACAUCUUUUUUUUAAUUAAUACUUUGAAGUUGAAAAUGUUUACAAAGUGGCUAGCCAAUUUGUUGGUUUUAUCUCGUUUUAUAAGUGACCAGGGUAAAUACUCACUACAGGGUACAGACAAAAUGCACAGGGGAGGUUACUUUAUGGACAGGGAAGAGAGAUAGACGUUCCUCAUAACAACUACUUUCGCCAAAGGUUGUCUGCUAGGGAUCGCUUUAGCGAUAAGAC